AUGUGGACAAACACUUCGGGCCUCCGGGGCAAGAGCCUGCACAUGUUCAUCACCUUCACAGCCGUCAUGGGCUUCUCGCUCUUCGGCUACAACCAGGGUAUGAUGUCCGGAAUCAUCGCCGGCAGCGAGUUCGUCAACGAGUUCCCUCCUCUCAAGAUGCCCGAUCCGGUCAGCGACGCCGUCUACCGUCACAUCAACGUCCUGCGUGGUGCCGUGACCGCGUGCUACGAGAUCGGAUGCUUUUUCGGCGCUCUGUUCUCCAUGUUCUUCGGUGAGCGCAUCGGCCGCACUCGCAUCAUCAUCUCUGGUGCCUCCAUCCUCAUCAUCGGCGCCGUCAUCUCGACUGCCGCCUUUGGCCCUCAAUGGGGUCUAGGGCAGUUCGUUAUCGGACGUGUGGUCUCCGGAAUCGGCAACGGCAUGAACACCGCGACCAUUCCCGUCUGGCAGUCCGAGUGCUCGUCCUCGCACAACCGUGGCCUGCUCGUCUGCUUCGAGGGCGCCAUGAUCGCCGUCGGCACCUUCAUCGCCUACUGGGUCGUCUUCGGUCUCUCCUACGUCGACAUGUCCGUCCAGUGGCGCUUCCCCAUUGCGCUCCAGGUCUUCUUCGCCCUGAUCGUCGUCACCGGUGCCAUCCUGCUGCCUGAAUCCCCGCGCUGGUUCAUCAAGCAGGGCCACCACGCCGAGGCCAUCGAGGUCCUCGCCAAGCUCAACAACCUGUCCCCCGACUCCGACGCCGUCCUGACCGACUUCAACUUCAUGAAGGCUGAUGUCGAGAUGACCGAUGCCAACCAGGCCAGCUGGAAGGUCAUCUUCACCGGCGGCAAGACCCAGGAGUUCCAGCGUAUGCUGCUCGGUUGCGCCGGUCAGUUCUUCCAGCAGUUCACCGGUUGCAACGCCGCCAUCUACUACUCGACCCUGCUCUUCGAGGAGAACCUGCACAUGGAGCACCGUCUGGCCCUCAUCAUGGGCGGUGUCUUCUCCACCGUCUACGCCCUCGCCACCAUCCCCUCCUUCUUCAUGAUCGAAAAGGUCGGUCGCCGCAAGCUCUACCUGAUCGGCUUCCUCGGCCAGGGUCUCUCCUUCGUCAUCACCUUCGGCUGCCUGAUCAAGGACAACGAGAGCAACGCCAAGGGUGCCGUCGUGGGUAUCUUCCUGUUCAUCACCUUCUUCGCCUUCACCCUCCUCCCCCUCCCCUGGAUCUACCCCCCCGAAAUCAACCCCCUCCGCACCCGUACCGCCGGUGCCGCCGCCUCAACCUGCACCAACUGGAUCACCAACUUCGCCGUCGUCAUGUUCACCCCGCUCUUCGCUGCAACCUCCCCCUGGGGCGUGUACCUCUUCUUCGCGCUCAUCAACUUCAUCGGCGUCCCCGUCGCGUACUUCUUCUUCGUCGAGACCGCCGGCCGCGAGCUCGAGGAAAUUGACAUCAUCUACGCAAAGGCCCACGUCGAGAAGCGCAUGCCCUUCCGCGUCGCCAAGGAAAUGCCCAAGCUCUCCUUUGAGGAAAUCAACAAGCAGGCCCGCGAGCUCGGCCUCGACACCUCCGCUCCUGCUCAGCACUCCGAGCUCGGCCUCAGCAGCGAGUCCAGCGACAACGAGAAGCAGACGCACAAUGAGCGUCAGUAG